AUGAAGACCGAUGGUGAAGCUUGUAAAGUAAAAUCUCAAAUGCUCGAGACAUUUGAUUAUGCAUGGAACAAAGUUGAUAACGGUAAACGACGGCCCAAUGAUAUUCUUCAAAUGCUGAACAUAAUUUCUUCAAACAAGUUGCCUAUAACAAACGACAAGUUAGAUGAAGCUGGAAAUAAUAGUAGUUUUGUUGACGAGAGUAUCACAAAAAAUGAUGUUGGUAAGGCAAAGGUGGCUUUGGAAGUUGAAGUUAACCAUCAGCUCGUAGACGACAAAUUAGAUGAAGCUGAAAAUAAUAGUAGUUUUGUUGACGAGAGUAUCACAAAAAAUGAUAUUGGUACGUCAGAGGUGGCUUUGGAAGCUGAGGUUAACCAUCAGCUUGUAGAUGACAACUUAGAUGAAGCUAAAAAUAAUAGUAGUUUUGUUGACGAAAGUAUCACUAAAAUUGAUGUCGGUAUGUCGGAGGUGGUUUUGGAAGUUGAGCUUGACCAUCAGCUCGCAGACGACAAAUCAGAUGAAGCUAAAAAUAAUAUUAGUUUUGUUGACGAGAGUGUCAUAAAAAAUGAUGUUGGUACAUCAGAGGUGGUUUUGAAAGUUGAGGUUGACCAUCAGCUCGCGGAAGAUAAAUCAGAUGAAGCUGAAAAUAAUAGUUGUUUUGUUGACGAGAGUAUCACAAAAAAUGAUUUUGGUACGUCAGAGGUGGCUUUGGAAGUUGUGGUGACUUUGGAAGCUGAGGUUGACCAUCAACUCGCUGAGGCGUCUCCUUUAAAGAAGAAAGGGAAGAGUGAUAAAGGCGAGACAACCAAGAAGAAUGAUGGUAGUAUUUGUACAAAGCCACCAGCUGAGAAAAGAGUUAGCUGCCAAGAACAUAAAGGAAUGAGACUAAAUGUGUUUAGUGCAAAAGCAAUUAGAAGAUCCAAGUCUGAAUCAGAAAUCUUGGCUGGGAGUUUUGUUGACGAGAGUAUCACCAAAAAUGAUGAUGGUACGUAUGCGGUGGUUUUGCAAGCUAAGAUUGACCAUCAACUCGUUGAGGCAUGUCCUUUAAAGAAGAAAGGGAAGAGUGAUAAAGGCGAGGCCAACAAGAAGAAUGUCGAGUGCGUUCUUGAGGUUGAGAUCGGCGGCUCCUUGUGGAACAGGAACUUCGAUCGUGCUGGCUUCGUGAAGGAUCAUUUCAACCUUUAUGAAGAUUUUGAGGCAACAAGGAAGUCUAAUCACUCCAAUAUGUUUCAUGAUGCUAGUGUUUCUUGUUUGCGCUCUGUGGUGUUGCUUGAAGUGAUGGAGGAAAAGUUUCAGGCUGUAAAAUCGAAUGCAGAUAGGCUAAAGCAGGAGAACGAAGACUUGAAGUUGAGGGUUAAAACCUUGGAGGACCAGUUGAAGGAAUCUCGCAACUCCUUAAAGACGACAAAGGAUGAGAAAAAGAAAGUCGAGGAAGAUAAGCGAGAUGUUGAAGCCAAGUGCUUGGAGCUUAAUAACAAUUAUGGUGCCAUAAAGGGGGAGGUUAAGAAGGAUGUUCAGAAGAUUAUCGAGUUUCAAGAGGGUGUUGAAAAUGCAAAGAAAGGGUGGUUGCGAAUAUGGAAAAGGGGGAAGUUGAGAAGUCAUGUUGUUAUACCUAGAUCUUGA